UUUGUACUUAAAUAGGGGACGAGAGAGGCGGUUUGAAUAAGCAAAGUGGCAGCAGAACGAGCAUUUUCAGUACACACAAGACGUGAUUUGUUUUGUUUUUUUACGCGAUACUAAUCGUUGAGUAGUAGAUUUGGAUCGAGAAGGAAAUCAACACCAGGAUACGCUUAGGCUAACUUGCUUUUGCCUGUUGAUCUUCGUCGAGUUUAAAGGCAUCUUAGUGCCUAUUACGGUUAUUCUGAGGCGGAUUUGAAUUAGACCAAUUUAGUUAUUCUUUCUCAUUUAUCACCAAUAAGGAAUGCCAAGAGAGCUGACCCAGAACAGGAUCCAAAAAAUCUGGAUUCCGUCUAAGGAUGACAAACCGGCGGCACCUCGAAGAUGCAAGGCCGGCCCCCACCUUGCCAACCCCCCCACUGUGAUCGUGAUGGUCGGCCUGCCCGCGCGCGGGAAGACCUACAUGUCCAGGAAACUGACCCGCUACCUCAACUGGAUCGGACUGCCCACCAAAGUGUUUAAUGUCGGAGAAUAUCGGCGUGAGGCAGUGAAGGAGUACAGUUCUUACGACUUCUUCAAACCCGACAACCAGGAUGCUUUGAAAAUAAGACAACAAUGUGCCUUAGCAGCUCUGAGUGAUGUCAAGUCUUACCUGACAGAAGAAGGUGGCCAGAUCGCUGUCUUUGAUGCUACCAACACAACGAGGAACAGACGGGACAUGAUCUUGAAUUUUGGCAAUGAGAAUGGAUUCAAGAUAUUUUUCAUUGAGUCGGUGUGUGAAGACCCGAACGUCAUUGCAACAAACAUAAUGGAAGUGAAGGUGUCCUCUCCGGACUACCAGGACUGCAACAAAAUGGAUGCCUUGGAGGACUUUCAGAAGAGAAUCGAGUGCUACCGGCAGUCGUAUGAGCCUCUGGACCCGGACCACUAUGACAGGAACAUGUCUUUCAUCAAGGUGAUCGACGUUGGCCGGAGAUUCCUGGUGAACCGGAUCCAGGAUCACAUCCAGAGCAAAAUCGUGUACUACCUGAUGAACAUCCACGUCCAGCCUCGCACCAUCUACCUCUGUCGCCAUGGCGAGAGCGAAGACAACCUGCAGGGUCGCCUGGGUGGGGACUCGGGCCUUUCCUCCCAGGGUAGAAAGUUUGCCGGAGCCCUGACCACGUUUGUGGAGGAGCAGAACCUGAAGGACCUGAGGGUCUGGACCAGUCAGCUUCGCAGGAGCAUCCAGACGGCCGUGGCUCUUGGUGUACCAUACGAGCAGUGGAAGGCCCUCAAUGAAAUUGAUGCUGGUGUGUGUGAGGGUAUGACCUAUGAUGAGGUGAAGGAGAAGUACCCAGAAGAGUUUGCUCUGAGAGACCAGGACAAAUACUACUACCGCUAUCCUACUGGAGAGUCAUACCAGGACCUGGUCCAGAGAGUGGAGCCGGUCAUCAUGGAGCUGGAGCGCCGGGAGAACGUCAUGGUCAUCUGUCACCAGGCCGUCAUGCGCUGCCUGCUGGCCUACUUCCUGGACAAGAGUGCAGAUGAGAUGCCAUACCUGAAGUGCCCUCUCCACACCGUUCUGAAGCUCACGCCCGUCGCAUAUGGGUGCAAAGUGGAGUCGAUCUCGUUGAAUGUGGACGCAGUGAGCACGCACCGGGACAGACCGGAGGUUCCGAAGAGUCCAGUCACGCUCAUACGACGGAACAGCGUGACCCCGCUCACCAGCCCCGAACCCUUCAAGAAGCCUCGCUUCGACCACCUGAACGGGAACUCUAUCCCUGAGGUCCCCCCCGCCCACCUGUCCCGCUGCUCCACCUCACCCCUGCCCUUGGUCCAUUUAGGACAGCUCCAGCUUGGUAGAGUUUCUCUAACCUGAAGAGAUGCGCUUCGGAUCUCCAUGAACUUCUCCAGUCCUGCCAAUGAGACGCUGCCACAUCACCGUCACCUGACCGUGCUCCACCAGAAGUGAUGUCAGUCGGGACAUUGAUUUUCUAUUUAAUUCUGACUGGGCUUCAUCUUGGUGGGAUCUCCGUUUGGGGCAAAUCGCUGCCCAGAGCUGGCCAGAAUGGUGAUUGUUUGUCAUGUAAAUGAAUGUCUCGCUGUAAUCCAAGUGCUUCUGUUACAUGUGCACACACCCUGUGUUCCUGUAAAUGUAUGUAGUGUCAAGUUACAAUGAGUGGGUGUGAGGGUUUUUUUUUUUUUUUUUUUUUUUUAAAUUUUUCUUUUUUAAAUCUGUAAAUGUGGGACUUUUUGUGAAAGAACUUAAUGUCACGCGCUUCACAGAAGAGCAUUUUCAGAGGUGUGACGGUCUUUUCUGAUGUUUCGUCUUCAGAUGGGCCUUCUGUCCACAGCUUCAUGCCUUUCACCUAUGAUAGGAUAGGAUUUUUGCCUCAUUUCUGUCAUUUCCCCCUGCAUUUCAUCUUUUUUUAGGCAACUUCCUUGGUACUGCGCAGGUACCAAGUAGUGCUUUCGUGUCAUCAUAGCACAGGAAGUGUUAUUGUGGCCGAAUGAGUGCAAUGCACAACCAGUUGAGACUGGUUUGUGUACAUGACCGGUUUCAGUGCCAUUACUUCUGUCAAGGCUUUCAGUUUCCCCUUUCUGUGAACUGCGUUAUGUGAAAUCACAUGCAGGUGCUUAAGGCUUCCCCAUUCAGCGAUUCCUAAGCAGAUGACAUGCAAGCUUCUCACUCAAUCUAGUUUCAAGCAAACAUUGCCUGUAAAUGCACAGGUUAUUUAUAGAAUGAUGGAGUAAUGUUUAACUUUUAUAUUUAUUUGAAGUAAGAUUCAUGUACUUUUAGUGUUUCCUUCUUUUUUUUUUUUUUUAACUGGAUAUACUGUGUAUUAUUUUGAUAUAAUAUGUUGUGAGGUUUAUCCUCUGCCUCGGAACUGGCAGAGUAUUUCUAAGCCGUUGCGCAAGAACUGCGCACCACAUUGUAUGUUCAAAUGAUUUUAGUCCCCUUGGUUUGGGGCAUUUUAUUUAUUUAUUAGAAGGUAUUUUGUUGUAUUUAAGUUCUUACACAUUUAAAAUGCACAUGCCAAUUCUUCAGCAUGUUUCAAACGGCAAUAAAACAUUUCAAUUAGUUUGUGCACUAUACAAUUGAGUUAAUACGUCUUACUUGAUAGGGUCAACUAUCUUAAUGCUUGUAACUUGAAAAACCAUGAAAAUAAGUCAAACGUGCACGUUUACCCGGUGUUCCCAUUACUGUUGUAGGAGGAUGAAUUUGACUUGAUCAUGUAAUAUUUGGUAUGUUUGGACUGUGUGGGAAUGGAGUACCCACUGGGCCUACUCCAAGUCCUGCUUGGUCAGUGAAUCUUUCACACUUUGAGAGGGAGCUGGCACUAGUGUACAUCUGAUCAUUACACUCAUGGAUUGCUCUGGCAUUCUGUCACUAACUUGUCUUCACUUUUUAUUUAUUCAUUUCCAUUUUCUAGUUUAUUCUAUUGUCAUUUUUGCCUUUUUGCUGAAAGUGCUGUCCAAGCUUAGCCAGAGGUAAAAUUACAUAAUGUAAGGCUGUUUUGCUUGAGGAAUAAACUCUGAAUAAUGACUUUCAUUUGUGAUAAUAUGUGUACAGUUAGUUGUUCCAUCUUGUUUAUAAUCAGAAUGUGUUGAGAUGUACAGGGGUGAAUGUAAUCUAGAAUAUGUUUAUAUUAAAACCUAUUUAACACUA